UAUUUGUGGAAUUUUGCGAUCCGUUGCUUGGCAACUUGAAGAGAGUUAAGCUUCUGCAUUCUGCCAACUGUCAGAGUUAGAGUUUGGUGAGCCCAGUCAAUUACUUCUUGCUACUAGAAGGAAAUUAAUUCUUCAUUAUGCAGAGGGCUUGAAAACUUGUCACUCAGAGCAGGCCAUCCAUAGCGAUGUCACACUUCUACUUGACUCCACAAAUUCUUCUGCCCUUUAGCCCUCUUACUUCUCAAGAGUUUAAUGUGAUCAGACGCAAGGCUGGAGCAUCUUGGCAGAAUGAAACAAGAUGGUCAGAUUCUUCUGUAACAACAUAUUUGGGCAGUGACCGGAGAAAACAACUGGAUGAGUCCAUGUGCAGCCGAUUUUCUUAUAAAGCAGGACAGCAUUGGCCUGAGUGUAACCAGUUGUCGUCGCCCAACUGCUCUGCCUGCAGCCCCACAGUCUGCAGGGCUGGUCCCCAGGAGACCACAGAUGCUAAAGGACUAUUCCCUAUUAUAACCAGUUCCUUUAAAAAGUCACUUGAUGUCAAGCAGAGUGUGGCACACCAAAUUCUGUUUGGUGAUUUUUCUCCAGCAUCUCCAAAUUACAAAAAAUCAUAUGUGAAAAUGAAAAAGCCAGCAUAUGAGAACCUGAUGAACUACAAUCGACAAAGGAGAGACUUCCUGAAGCGUGUACAGUGUAAUUCUGCAAGCAAGGUUAGCUCGUCUGAAGACUCAGAAGCUGAUCAAUACUCCGUUUAUAAUCUGGGAGGGCCGUUAUCAUCAUUUAGCUGAGUCGGAAAACGAAGCCACAAAGCUGGAGGCCCGGAGUUUGCUUAAUUAACGACUUGGAGCUCCUACCAAUGUGAGCAGGAUUUGCAUUUUCCUGUUUUACAGAUCCAGCUAUCAGGAAAGAAUUAUGAAUGGAGAUCUGCUGCUUCAUAAAGAAGAGGUCUUGACUGAUUACCUGAGACCAUUCAGACCCUGGACAGAGGAAGAACGGGCCCCUCGGUCCCCAGAGUCAUUUAAUGUCAUCUCAUUUCAUUUACCCCAGGGCCUGCUUAGUAUUUGCUUGUAUUUGCUUGCUUAGUUAAUUGUAGUUAUUUGCAAAAUAAACUUCAGU